CAAGAAUCUUCUUUCCUCUCUCGAGCUUCAAUUGACAGCUGAUCGUCAACUCGUACUGUUUACCAAUUUCGCUAAAAAAUAAUUUUCACAAAAUGAUUAUCCCGGUUCGCUGUUUUUCCUGCGGCAAGGUUGUCGGCGAUCUAUGGGAACGGUAUCUUCAGCUACUCGAUGAUGGGGUACCGGAUGGUGAUGCCAUGGAUCAGCUGGGUUGUAAACGUUACUGCUGCCGAAGAAUGGUCAUGACACAUGUUGACUUGAUUGAGAAAUUAUUACGGUACAAUCCCGCCGAACGAGAAAAAGCAAAAGCCCAGGCAUGAUUUCAUGAUAUACGAGCUUCAUACGAAUCGCAAAGAUGGAUGUAC